AUGGAUUCUGCUCUCCUGACGGACCUUUUGAAAGCCAUACGCGGUGCCGUAUCAUCGAAUAGGCGUCCUGACGAAGAUAUAGCGCUUCCAGUGUUCGACCCAACCACAGUACUGUGUGCGGACGGGUGGUGCAAAAAUAUAGAAGAGCUAGCAAAGGAGUUUGGCUGGAGCAGCUUAGCGACCGUUGCAAAAGCCGGUAAAGCCCUUAAAGGGUCUGCUUUAGUUUGGUUUGAAUCAUGGCAACCCUCGACUGAAGGCAGAACUUGGGAGAAAUUCCAGGCACUUAUAGAUACUGGAGCAAACUGUUCUAUUAUUAAAGAAUCCAUAGCAAAACGCUUACAAUGUAAUAUUGAACCAUAUUUUUUAAAUCUAAAUGGUAUUGGGUGUGGCAGUUUAGAUAUAUGUGGCAAAAUAACUGUCCCUGUUAGAUUUGAAGACCUAUAUAUUGAACUUGAUAUACUCGUAGUCAAAGAUAAAAAAUUUAACUACGAUCUUUUGAUAGGACAAAAUGCUGUAGAAUAUCAGGACAUAGAAAUAAUAACAGAUACUAAAGGGAGUAAAAUUAGGCGGAAGGUUAUUGACAGCACGAAAUUAUGUGUGAAUAGUGUUGAAACACACAAUACCUUUACUUCUAAAUUAGGUGAAUUAUUAUCCAUGAUAGACCAUUUGGACGUAGAUUUGCAAACUCGAAUUAUAAAUAUUUUCAAAAAUCAUGAAACAUGUUUACAUAAUUCUGGUUCUGUUAGUACAGGUGAAUUGACAAUAAAACUUAAAAAUAACGGAUCUGUUCAUUAUAGACCUUAUCGUUUGGCGCCUUCUGAGAGAGAAAAGGUGAACAGAAUAGUAAAUGAAUUGUUAGAGAAUAAUAUUAUCCGUGAAAGCGAUUCACCGUUUGCUAGCCCUGUCAUUUUGGUCAAAAAGAAAGACGGAAGCGACAGGCUUUGUGUUGACUAUAGAUCUUUAAAUAAAAUCAUUGAAAAAGAUACUUAUCCUCUUCCUCUUAUUGAGGACCAACUUGAUAAAUUAGGAAAAGCCAAAUAUUUCAUUUCCAUCGAUAUGAAAAAUGGGUUCUACCAGAUUCCAGUGACUGAAGACUCCAUUAAAUAUACAGCCUUUUCUACACCAGAUGGUCAUUAUGAGUUUCUCAAAAUGCCUUUUGGAAUUUGCAAUGGACCAUCAGUGUUUCAACGUGCCAUUACAAAAGCCGUAAAACAUUUAAAUUUUUUGCUUGUUUAUAUUGAUGACAUACUCAUUCCGUUUUCUACUAUUGACCAGGGUCUGGAAUAUUUAGAUAAAACUAUUUCAGCUCUUAGUGAUUCCGGGUUUAAAGUUAAUUUGAAAAAAUGUAAAUUUUUUGUGGAAAGUAUUGAGUAUUUAGGUCGUCAGAUAUCGUGCGAGGGAAUAAGACCUAGUGAAACAAAAGUUACCGCGUUACUUAAUUCACCAAAACCUCAAACUGUUAAACAAGUGCGCCAAUUUAUGGGUCUUGCAUCUUAUUUUAGAAAAUUUAUUCCUAAUUUUUCUUUACGAACCGCUUCCAUAAGCAAAUUGACAAAAAAAAACCAGGCAUGGGAAUGGGGACAGGAACAAAAUGAGGCUAGAAAAUACGUUCUUGACUACUUAGUGUCAAAACCAUUAUUAUCAGUUUUUGAUCCUAGUUUAGAAACCGAGUUACACACGGACGCUAGUGCAAUAGGUUACGGGGCAGUAUUAAUCCAGAAGCUUAACAACCAAACAAAAGUUGUUGCUUAUUACAGUAAGAAAACUUCAACAACUGAAUCAAAAUAUAGUUCUUACGAUUUAGAGACGCUAGCCAUUUUUAAUUCCUUAAAACAAUUUCGCGUUUACCUUCUGGGUAUUAAAUUCAAAAUUAUAACCGAUUGCAAUUCCAUUAAGUCGACAAUGAAUAAAAAGGAUUUAUCCCCACGAGUAGCCCGUCUGUGGACAUAUAUGCAAGACUUUGAUUUCGAUAUAAUCUAUAAAAAGGGCACUUAUAUCAGCCAUGUGGAUUUCCUCAGCCGUAAUCCUGUCGAAACUCCUCUAGCUGGAACUAUUAAUUUAAUCAAUGACGGUAAUUCUUGGUUAGAGACAGCUCAGCAACUUGAUCCCAUAACACAAAUUUUAAUUGAUAGAGUUGAAAGCGGGGAACUUGAUACAAACCAAUAUUUAGUCAAUAACAACCUAUUGUAUUAUAAAUCUAAACUUAACGGAGAACCAAAACUAUACAUACCUAAAAGUACUCGAAUUGAUAUUUUGCGUUUGUUCCAUGACGAAAAUUGCCAUGUAGGAUUUGACAAAACUUUUCAUAAAAUUCGCGAACAUUUUUGGUUUCCUGGCAUGGCAGCGUUUAUACGAAAAUAUUUGUCACAUUGUUUAAUUUGCAUAAAACGAAAAGGCCAUCAUGGCCCUAAACAAGGGUUACUUCACCCUAUAGAAAAGGCCGCCAUUCCAUUCCAGACCAUACAUUUGGACUGUAUGGGACCCUUUACACAAUCUAAUGAAGGUUACAGACAUAUUUUGCUUUUAGUUGAUGGGUUUACCAAAUUCUGUUUACUUAAACCAUUAAGAACACUUAGUGCAAAUGAGUUAAUACCAAUUAUCCGUGAUAGUAUUACUAUGUUCGGAUCACCUUUGCAGGUCAUUACCGAUCGCGGUACAAAUUUUAGUAAUAACCAAAUUAAAAACCUUUUUGAAGAAUUACAUAUUCAACAUCACAUGAUUGCCACUGGUACCCCUAGGAGUAAUGGUCAGGCUGAACGUUAUGUUUUUACUGUUUGUGAUAUGCUCAAUACUAUGUCUAAUGCCGAUGAACUGUCAGAUUGGCCGAACGUGUUAUGGAAAGUUCAGCAAUCCAUUAAUACAACUAUUCAAAAAUCAACGGGAUUUUCACCCUUGCGAUUGUUAAUUGGUGUUGAGGCAAAUAUACCAAUUAUACAGUCACGCUUAAAUGAUGUAGUUGACAAUUCUUAUCAAGUUCCAAUUAAUAUUGACUCAGAUAGAGAGAUGGCCCGGCAAAGACUUUUACAAAUUGCCGAAAAAUUCAAAAAACGUUUCGAUUCCACAAGACGAAAUAACUUGACAUUACAAAUCGGUGAAUUGGAUUAUGAGAGAACAGCUCAGUCAGAAGUAGCGGGAAUAGCAAGGGACGAUGAUGACAAAGACACCUAUGAUAUGGUUAUGGCGUUUGUGGUGUUCAGACACGGCGAUAGGACACCAGAUCAGGAGGAAUUGGACAAAUACCCAUCAUCAGACUUGGAUUCCAGUGUUUUCUUUCCGUAUGGCAAGAAGGCUCUGACAAACAAGGGAAAACAGCGCGCAUUCCGCGUAGGACAAUACCUAAGGGAGCGUUAUGAUGACCUGAUAUCCAAGCUAUACCUGCCCGAUGAGAUAAGCGUAAGGACAACCGACUUUGCCCGAACGAAAAUGACUAUGCUCACCGCCUUAUCAGCUAUGUAUCCACCGAUACCAUUACAAAGAUGGCAUCCUGAAUUUAGUUGGCAACCCAUACCUUACGAUACACCGCAUAAAUAUGAUGAUAGUAUGUUACAUUUUGUUAACUGUCCACGAUGGGAGGAGGCGAAGGAUGAAGUAUAUACUAUGCCAGAUGUGAAACGAUACUUGAAUGAGAGUCAAGAAUUCUUCAGACUAUUAAGUCAAUAUACUAAAAGUGAUAUAUCAACUCCUGAGGACGUGUUUUAUUUGGACAACUUAUUUCAAACCCUAAACAACGUCGACAUACAGACACCUGAGUGGGCCCAGCAAAUGAUGCCGAAGAUAAAAGAGACAACCAAAUUUGAAUACAUGUUGAUGUUUUAUACAGAUGAACUGAUAAAACUGUCAGCAGGGGGCUUAUUAGAGGAUAUAUUUAACGCCACAUCAGGAGUCAUCAAGGGAGCAAGAUCGGUGCCUAAACUGUUCCUUUACUCUGCUCAUGAAAAUAAUGUCGCUGCUCUAUUAGCUGCUACCAGGACGUUUAUGCCUCAUCAGCCUAGAUACGGUUCUACUGUAUCACUAGAGCUUUGGAGAAAUCGCAUGAGCGGGGAUUAUGCUUUCAUGGUGGUAUAUUCGCCGGAAGCUGGUGGUCCAGGAGUCGUAUUACCAGUUAAUGGCUGCGGUGGUGGAAAUAUGUGUGAUUACAACACUUUUAUAAAACUAACAAAGGACUAUGUGCUACCACACAGCGAAUAUAAGAAGUGGUGUUCAGUGGCAGAAUUUACAGAAAUGUAA